AUGAAGAUUCUUGAGAAGAAGACAGUUCAGCUUUUGCUUUUCAUUGUUGGAGUAAUUUCCCUCAAUAUUACUGCUGAAAAAUGUAGGGAAUUGGUUGGUAAAGAGGCUGCAUCCAAAAGUGGCUGUUUUGAUGGGGGUUCUGGAACCCUUUCGUGUAUGGCAAAGGAGGGUGUAAAACUCUAUGUCUACAACAUCAGAUCUAUCCAUGUAGAGAGUGUUAGGAACAAGGCAAUUGAAACUGCUCUGUCUGAUGCAUUAACACAAGGCAUGCCUACAAAAGAUGCAGUCGAACUAGCCCAGAAAGAAGGAGCUAAGGCAGCAAAACUGGCUACUCAGAAAGCCAAGCGCAUCUUAGGUCCCAUCAUUUCUUCAGGAUGGGAUUUUUUUGAAGUUCUUUACUAUGGGGGUACAAUAACAGAAGGGUUCCUUCGGGGCACAGGGACAUUGUUUGGAACCUAUUCUGUAGGUUACAUUGGAGAGCAAAGGUUUGGGCGGUUUGGUUAUUUGGUUGGAAGUCAUCUGGGCAGUUGGGUUGGAGGACGAAUUGGGCUGAUGUUGUAUGAUGUGGUCAUUGGAGUUGAGUACAUGCUGCUGUUUUUCCAACUGGACGAACCUAAAGUUUAUGACAAUCCAUCUCUGAAGUUUCCUACAUAA